UAGAACUCCAUAUUAGUGUCUUCUUGGCGUUUGCCGCAGUCGAGUCCGAGUCUCGAGUCCGUUUCUAAAACUGAAUCUUCAGGAGGCAACGGUCGUGCGACAGUGUGUGUGUGCCAGCAGUGCCAGUGCCAGAGAGAGUGUGCGUUAGCCAAGUUUUGCAGGGAGACCAGCGAAAAAAGCCAGCCGAAAAGCCCAACAGUUGCCAGAAUGACGACCUACAUGAAGAUUGUCGAGGAGCGCAUCUCCGGCCUUUCCAAAGGCGUGGAUGAAACGGUGGACAGCUGGUUCCUGAUGAGCUCCCCAGCCCCCGUAUUUGCCGUGGUGCUCGUCUACCUGGCCUUUGUGCUCAAAAUCGGACCCGAGUACAUGAAGAACCGCAAGCCCAUGGACCUCAAGCGCAUCAUGGUCCUCUAUAAUGCCUUCCAGGUCUUGUACUCCAUUUGGAUGUGCCGCACGUCCAUCCGAGAGAGCAACGUGAUGUCGUCGAUCUUCUCGAAGAAGUGCGAGAUCAACCGCACCAGGGAGCAGAACCUGGCCCUCUACUCCGGCGCCUGGUUCUACUUCUUCUCGAAGAUUAUCGAUCUGCUGGACACGACGUUCUUCGUGCUGCGCAAGAAGGACAACCAGGUGUCGUUCCUGCACGUGUAUCACCACACCAUCACGGUGCUCUUCUCCUGGGGCUACCUCAAGUACGCUCCCGGGGAGCAGGGCGUGAUCAUCGGGAUCCUCAACUCGGGAGUGCACAUCAUCAUGUACUUCUACUACAUGGUGGCCGCCAUGGGACCCCAGUACCAGAAGUACCUCUGGUGGAAGAAGUACAUGACCAGCAUCCAGCUGAUCCAGUUCGUCCUGAUCCUGGGCUACAUGCUGACCGUGGGCGCCAAGGGAUGCAACAUGCCCAAGACGCUGACCUUCUUCUUCGUGGGCAACACGGUGAUCUUCCUGUACCUGUUCGGCAACUUCUACCGCAAGACUUACAAGAAGACCAAGAGCUUGGAUGGCAGCGGACGCACCGGCUCCAGUUUGGCCAAAUCCGCUCUGAGGGCCGCCGGUGGACUGGGCUGCAUGCCGCAGACCAUGAACGCUGGCAAGCACCUCAGCCUGCAGAAUGGCCAGCCCGGAAAGGCCUACCUCGAUAUGAACAACAACAGCGUGAAGCCGGUGAAACUGGAGUGAAAACGAUCCUUAGUAUCCCCUGGGUUUCAGUUAGCAAUUACGUUUUUUAGAGCGGGGCUUAGUUUGUAACUCUUACCGUUUACCAUUUACCAUUUACCAUCUACCAAUUACCAACUACCAACUACCAAUUACCAAUUAACUUUAGUCUGCGGAGAAUACCUUGUAUAAUGUUUAUAUGCCGCGACAGGCGACGAUUCAAACCCAAAAAGUAGAUAGGACCCUAAGAGCUGUGUGAUUGUGGCCAUUGUCUGACUGAGUACGUGUUAAUGUUUUUCUAGCCGAGUGUGUGUGCGUGUGCGCCAAGAAGUGUGAUAGAGCUUAUUAAUGAAAUGCAGCCGUAAAUCGUUUCGCGAAACAAGAAUUCAAUAAAAACUUUGAUUUUGUAUAUUAAAUAAAA